AUGGUACUGAUAAACGGCGUGAAGUAUGCUUGUGAAAGAUGCAUUAGAGGCCAUAGAGUUACCACAUGUAAUCAUACAGACCAACCAUUAAUGAUGAUCAAACCUAAAGGUAGACCAUCUACAACCUGUGCAUAUUGUAAAGAGUUAAGGAAAAACAAAAAUGGGAAUAUCCCUGGUUCAUGUACGUGUGGUAGGCAGGAGAAAAAACGACUGGCUCAGAAGGCAAAGGAGGAAGCAAGAGCUAAGGCAAAGGAACAAUUAUUGUCAGGUAAAUGUACUUGUAAUACUAAACCUAAUGAAGUUUGUACAUAUCAUCAUACUUUGAAUGCAACUGGUAACAAGUAUACACGACAACAGAAAAAAUUAAUGUCUUCUUCAUCUAUUGAUAUCCGUACUUUAGAUACUAAUACACCAACGAUGGAAAUCCAUCAAAUGAAAAAUAAUCACAGUAAAGCUAAUAGAUCACAUGCAAGAAGUAAUAGACCAAAAUUUGAAAGAGCGCCUUCUUCAGCAUCAUUGGAUGCAAAUUUCGUAUUAGCACAUGGUCACCAUUAUAAAAAAAAUCAUAACGGCAACAACAAUACCAAUAAUAAUACAGGUGGUCCAUUAUCUGAUAAUGCGAGUGUAAUAUCAUCAAGUUAUUUGGAUUCAGAAAUCGGUUCAGGGAAAAUUUCAAAGGAUUAUCAUCAUGUACCUUCUUUGGCAUCUUUAUCAUCAUUACAUUCACAACAAUCGUUAGAACAUAAUUUUUCGCUACCUCAAAGUCCACCUUUAUCAAAUUUAAAUUUUAAUUUCAUAACGGGGAAUAGUACUAAUAAUAGUAACCAUCAUUCUCGUCAUACUACUACCGCAAAUAAUUGGGAUAAUGCUUCUAUUAAUUCCGCGAAUUCAAGUAACCUGAUACAGAGGGUAGCUAAUAUUAACACUGCCAAUAAUAUACAGAAAUUCCAAUCCACCAACAACAAUAGUAAUAGUAGGAUAAUAAAUUCCAUAGAUGAAAAUGGUAAUAAUAAUAACAACAGCAACACUAAUAACGAUAACGCCACCCAGGGAAGAAUGAGAGCAGGAGAAGUAGUGGUCCCUCUUGAAGAAUACGUUCCUUCUGACAUCAAUGGUGUGGGUAAAAUUACUGAUAAAAAUUUAUUAUUGGAAGAUUGGGAUCCAUAUUCAAUACAAUGUUCCAAUUUAAAUUUGAAUUUAAAUCGAAAUCAAUAUGAUAAUGUUACAGCUACCACCACUAAAACAAAUCUCAAUGAACUCGAUACAUCUACGUUGAAUGGACUCGAUCUAAAUAAUGGUAAUAUGGAUACAAACUCGAGUCAACAUGGAUUAUUAGAUAUGUUCCCUGACUCUUCAACAAUAUCAACUUUAUCCAGAGCAAACUUAUUAUUACAAGAAAGAAAUGAUGGAUUAUUAAGUAUCAAUAAUAGCACGGAUCCAUCAUCCAAUAAUCGAGAUAUAAGAAAACAAACGAGGAAUAAUAUUAAUAUGUCAAGAGAGUUUUCGAAUAGUAAUUAUACGAAUAAUAACGUAUUACAUGGUAAUAUCAAUGAUAAUGGUAAUGGAAAUGGUAUACACCAUUCUUCAGGCACGUCGAGAUCAAGAUCAUGGAGGACACAGCAGAAAAAUGUAUCGCCGCAACAAGCCAAGAGUAAUUUAAAUAUGAACAUGAACAUGAAUACGAAUAAUAAUAGUAGUGCUUUGCGUAAUGUAGAAGUAUUAUCCAUUACACCAAGUUUCAUGGAUAUUCCUGAAAGCGGGGGUCCGAUUUCACCAACUCCUAGUAUAUCACAAAUGAAUAUGGCAAAUACUAACAAUGAUGAAAAUAUUAGACAUAUUCUAUCAUCGACAUCUUUAUCUUCUUCCAAACAACGAUCGUUCAGUAUUGAUAGAAAUCAUAGAUAUACUUCACCAUCUGCACUAAUGGGUGGUAAAAGUACUACAUCCCCAACCACGAUUAAUCCUUCCAUUGUGUCUACUAUAGAUGAUCAAAUUAGUUUAAAUUCAAUUCAGUCAUUCCCAAACUCAACUGUCAAUGAUAUGGUUGAUGUCUCAACUAAUACUGAUUAUAGCAACACGUUUCAGUCACAACCAUCACAACCACAACAACAAUCAUCGCAACAGGGGCAAUAUCCAUUACAAAUACCAUUAUCGGGCUUCCAAUUUGAUACAAUACCGAAAACUGAUAUAAUAUCUCCAGGAUCAAAUUUCAUUCAAUUUAAUGAAAGUCCAAACAAUAAGAAUAACAAUAAUAAUAAUCCCAAUUUUCAAAAUGUUAAUAACACUAACUUGGAUGAAUCUGGUAAUAUUAAUUUCGAAGACACGUUUGUGUUCAAAAAGGACAGUGAAACGGCAAAGCGAACUAAUAGUAAUUCUCCUUUGAAGAAUAGCAACAAUAAUAGCAACAAUAAUAGCGACCUAAAUACGAAUCUGAAUUUAAAUCCCGAUGCAACUAACAUGCUGAGGAACAAUGAGAUGAUGAUUUUGAAUGAUAUAAACGGUGGUAUACGAGAAGCAGACCUUAAUAUUAAUAACAAUGUAGAUAAGAAUCUGGUUGAGACUAAUGUUAACGGAGGGUCAAAUUCUUCACCUAUAAGUAGUAUUCAAACUGCAUCACCACCAAGUCAAUUGUUAACAGAACAUGGAUUCCAAGAAUUAGAUAACUUUAUGUCUACAUUAUGA